UAGACGAGGCUAGCUAGCUAUUGUCUCUUAUAUAUAACCCCCAAUGCCCGCAUAACAUUUUACAACAAACACAACACUGUCUCCAAAGCAAGCAACAAUUUUUCCGGCGAUAAAAAUGGCAAGCGUGGAGGAGAUCCGCCGUGCUCGACGGGCCGAGGGUCCGGCCACCGUGUUGGCGAUCGGCACCGCCACGCCGCCGAACUGUGUCGAGCAGAGCUCGUUUCCCGAUUACUAUUUCCGUGUUACAAACAGUGAGCAUAAGACCGAACUCAAAGAGAAAUUCAUGCGCAUUUGCGAGAAUUCGAUGAUCAAGAAACGCUACAUGCACCUAACGGAGGAUCUCCUCAAGGAAAACCCGAACAUCGCCGCCUACUCCGCGCCGUCACUGAGCGUGCGGCAGGAGAUGGUGGAGGUGGAGGUGCCGAAGCUGGGGCAGGAAGCGGCGGAGAAGGCGAUCAAGGAAUGGGGGCAGCCCAAGUCCAAAAUCACUCACCUCAUCUUCUGCACCAGCUCCGUCUCCCUAGACCUGCCCGGCGGGGACUACCGCCUCGCCAGCCUCCUCGGCCUACACCCCUCCGUCAUCCGCACCAUGAUGUGCCAGCACGGCUGCUACGGCGGCGCCGCCGCCCUCCGCCUGGCCAAGGACAUGGCCGAGAACAAUGCCGCCGCCCGGGUUCUAGUCGUCUGCUGCGAGAUCACCGCCAUCUGCUUCCGUGGCCCGAGCGAGGCCCACGUCGGGGACCUCGUCGGACAGGCUCUGUUCGCCGACGGCGCCGCCGCCGUGAUUGUCGGCGCCGACCCACCGCCGGCGGCGGAGAGGCCGCUCUUCCAAAUCAUAUCGGCGGCGCAGGCGACGAUCCCGGGAAGCGACGACCGCGUCCGCGGCCGUAUGCGGGAGGCCGGGCUUCUUAUCGAUCUCGUCAGAGAUCUACCGGACCUGGUCUCCGACAACGUCGGGGCGAGUUUGGAGCGGGCUUUCGGGCCGUGGGGGAUCUCGGAAUGGAACUCGAUAUUCUGGGUUUUGCAUCCUGGUGGGCCCGCGAUACUGGAUCAGGUGGAGGCGAAGGUUGGCCUGAAGCCCGAGAAGCUGCGGCGGUCGCGCCGCGUGUUGAGUGAGUAUGGAAAUAUGUGGAGCCCCUCCGUGCUGUUUGUCUUGGAUGAGAUGAGGAAGUUCUCCGCCGAGGAGGGGAGGAGCACCACCGGCGAGGGGCUGGAGUGGGGGGUGCUGUUUGGGUUCGGGCCGGGCCUCACGGUGGAGACGGUGGUGCUGCGCAGCAUGCCGGUUGAUUUAUAAAGAGUGAAAACACACACACCCCUGCCUCAUGCAUUGACUCGAACUUCCUACUUAUUGGUUAAUGUCGUCUAUAUUAUAUUUAAUUACUUUAAGGCACGUUUGUUUGAUAGUAUAAUAAAAGACUUGAUAUGUUUGAGUGUGAAUGUUUGGUUAUAUGUAUUAAAUUAUCUAUUUUAUAAAUAAAUUAUGGCAGGAAUUAAAGUGGAAUUUUG